AUGACUUCACCAUCAUCCAUUACGUCUAAAAACUCGUCAAAUGGCUCAGAGCAAACCAUUGAUCCGGACACAGAAGUUCGCAAGGUUUCAAAAUCCUCCAAUGCGUUGCGUGAGAGCAUUGCCAAGGCGAAGGCAGCCCGGAAAGCCGCCAGAAAGAGUAGCACUGGCACCGCCGCUUUCGACGCGUGGGACAACAUUGAGACUCAGGAUCCGUUUAGUCAGCUUCCAAAGGGUGGUAAUAAAGCAGUGCUGCAGAAACGAGUAGAUACUGCCAGGAAGUCUGGAUCACUGAACAUCGCAGCAUUAGGCUUGAGUACUUUGCCGGAUGAAGUGCUCAAGAUGUAUGAGUACGAUCCCAACGCCAACUCCGACUGGUUUGAGAAUGUCGAUCUUGUCAAGUUCAUUGCAGCAGAUAACGAGUUGGCUACCUUACCAGAUGAAGCCUUCCCGGAUAUCGAUCCGGAGAAUUUUGACAUGGAAGAUGAAAGCAAGGGCAAUCAAUUUGGAGGUCUGGAGAUUUUGGAUCUUCAUGGUAACAUUCUACAGUCUCUGCCAAUAGGCUUCAGGAGGCUACAGCGGUUGACCUCGUUGAAUCUAUCCAAUAAUAAGUUCACGAUGAAGGAUAUUGAAGUGGUUACAGAGCUUAAGCACUUGGUCGAUCUUAAACUAGCCAACAACAAUCUAGACGGAACGUUAUUCUCUGGUCUAUGUCAGCUUUCUAAUUUGGAAGUGCUUGAUCUACACGGCAAUCGAGUCAGUCUUCUUCCUGAUGCUAUAUCCGAGCUUCGAAGCUUGAAAACAUUGAUCCUUGCUGAAAACGAACUUACAUCCUUGCCGUCGUUGGCAUUAAGCAAACUUCCGUUAGUGGAACUGAAUGCUUCUCGAAACAAACUCCAGGGUAUAUUGUUUGAGUCAACAGCAGAAGGAUUCCAGAGCGUGCAGAUCCUAAAUGUUGCGUUCAAUUCACUUGAUAACUUAUCGGAAGACGAUAGUUUUAAUCUUCCAAAUCUACAGUUUCUGCUAGUCGAUGCGAACCGCCUGAAAUCUUUCCCUUCUUUGGUGGGUUGUCGGUCGCUUUUGAGAAUAACGGCAGAAGGCAAUAGUAUUACAACACUGCCAGACGGAUUCUUUGGCUUGAAAAGUCUCAGACACGUGGACUUGACAGCUAAUGACCUUAGCAAAUUGGAUGAACGUAUCGGUUUGAUGGACAACCUAGCUACUUUCAAUGUUGCAAAUAACCCUUUGAGAGAGAGAAAAUUUUUGACAAUGGAUACGGAAGAACUCAAGAAUGAUCUACGCAAUCGUUGCAAGCCUCCAGCAGCGGCCAGUGGGCCAGACCAAGACGGGGCACCAACACGAGCCAGAAGUGAAAUGGGGGACGAGGAUGAAGAAGGUUCCGUGGCAACAGAAUUCACAUUGGCACCAGAAAGUCCAAGUCAUUUGAAUCGCUGGAAAGUAAAGACCGGAGGCGUCCUUGAUCGUUCCGCUACUGAAAUGACGGAACUAGAUGCUGACGAGUUGAGACCUUUACUAUCAACUUAUGAUAUUAAAUGCCUCUACCUCCAGCGAAACAAGCUACAGAUGUUCCCUGUUCCUGCACUGAAUCUCAUUUCAACCACUUUGAUCGAUCUAGAUGUGUCCAAGAAUCCGUUGAAGGCAGAGAGUCUAUUCUCAGAGUCGGUUUCUUUACCUCAGCUGCAAAGCCUGACUCUAAAUGGAAGCAGUCUGGCUGCGAUCGAUUCCCUAUUUGAAAAUCUGUCAGCACCUGCUUUGAAGUUCCUCGAUAUAUCCAACAAUCGUCUUACCGGAUCUCUACCGUUUGCUCGACAGCAUUAUCCUCGAUUAAUUACAUAUCUCGCGGCGGAUAAUCAACUCUCUAGUCUCGAGUACAAUGCAGUCAAGGGACUACAAGUACUAGAUAUAAGUAAUAACAACAUCGAUUUCCUACCACCGAAGAUCGGACUACUGGGUGGAGAGGGUGGCGGAGGCCUGAAACGAUUCGAGGUUGCUGGGAACAGGUUCCGCGUUCCGCGGUGGCAGGUCGUGCAGAAAGGGACUGAGGCUGUUCUGGAAUGGUUGAAAGGCAGAAUCCCUGCUGAUGAACUGAAUGAGGUCGAGCCAGAUGCUCUUUAG